ACUUGCCCUCAGCAAACUUAAGCAAUUACAACAUCACCGUGGUGGAAGGAAAGAGCAUCACAUUGUACUGUGAUACUACUGGAGGGCCGCCCCCUAAUGUAUCCUGGGUGCUCACUAAUCUUGUUUCAAACCAUGAGAGUGACACAAGUAAGAAUCCUGCCUCGCUAACCAUAAAGAACGUUUCAUCUGUGGACAGCGGACUGUGGAUUUCUUGUGUAGCAGAGAAUAUUGUGGGAGAGGACCAAGCCUCUGCCGAGCUCACAGUAUUCUUUGCACCAAAUAUCACGUUUAUUGAAUCUCCAACCCCGGACCACCACUGGUGUAUUCCAUUCACUGUGAAAGGGAACCCUAAGCCCACAUUGCAGUGGUUCUAUGAAGGGGCUAUACUGAAUGAGUCAGAAUACAUCUGUACUAAAAUACAUGUUAUCAAUCAAAGUGAAUACCACGGCUGCCUUCAGCUUGACAACCCUACCCAUCUGAACAAUGGUGCUUAUACCUUACUAGCAAAGAACGAGUACGGAGAGGAUGAAAAAUGGGUUAAUGCUCAUUUCAUGUCAGUGCCUGGAGAUGGUAGUGGCCCAAUUGUGGAUCCAGAUGAUUAUGAAUAUGGAACCACACCUAAUGAUCUUGGAGACACCACGAAUAAUAGUAAUCGAAUCACUUCUGCAGAUGUUUCCAACAAAGAGAAUGAAGAUAGUAUCACUGUUUAUAUUAUGGUGGGAAGUGCAGCACUGGUGUGCUUAGUAAUAAUGCUCAUUAUUCUGAAGUUUGGAAGACACUCUAAGUUUGGGAUGAAAG